UAACCCCUAGUCAUUUUCUUCCUUGUUGAUAUAUAAAAAGUCAUCUAGAUCGCUAUCUUUCUCAUGUUUUGCUGCAGUAAUUGUGAUUUUUAAAAAGUCCAUAUGAUGGGAAAUUCGCCUAGCGCAAGUGACAACGAAGAAGAUGAUACGACUUCUCAUGAAGACGAGAAAGAUGAUAGUUUUGAUGAUGACAUUAUUGAAUCGUCUGAAGCCGACAAUUCCUCUACCGAUAUCAACAACUUUGGGGUAAAGGAACACAAUGUGACUGCACAGAAGACAGACAGUGAUGAUGAGAGCGGGCCACACACCUGCACAGACCUGAGUCAGUUAUUUGACCACAAAAGCCUGAGACGGUUUGCAUCAAAACUUAAGGAUGAUGUCCCCAUCAACGUUGUACAGCAGAACCAUACUCAUUUGGUGCGGUGGUUGGAAAAUUCCAGGUCAAGGAAUGAGGAAACCGUCUCCUUGUCUCAGUUCUGCGAAUUUCUCUCCAACCGUUCAGUGGAGCGGGAGCAGGCUGUUCAAUCCUUCAACCAGUUCGACACGGAGGGCGAUGGAACAGCUGAUGUGCUCACCAUGCUCGAGGCACUGAAUUCUUGUAGUGGACCAAAUCUACACGGAGAACUCAACUACGUGAUCAGGACACUGCAGGCUUGCUCUCUUAUCCCUGGUUUCAUUGAUGUCUAUUCUGAGGACAAAUCUUCCAGCACUCAACAUGGAUUUCGAAUUCUCAAUUUCUUGAUCAGGAACCGUGCUUCAAGUAAUGCGCUUCCAUUUCAAGUGUUGGAAGGCUUCAGUAACAUUUCCUCAAUGAGACAGUCCGUGCUUACUUCGACCUUCUCAAAGCUCACUGAAAUAGCCAACAAACAAAUCAAUGAGAACCUCAUUGAAAACGGUGCCGAGCUGCGACCGCUUACGAAAACUUUCAGCAGAAUAGACGUCUCAUCCAACACAGCUGAUUCAGGCCGGCUGACCAAUGAGGAUUUUGACUCUUACUGGCAGUCUGAUGGGCUGGCAAGGUCGCACUGGAUCAGGUUGUGGAUGAAGAGUAAUGUUGUCCUUAAGCAGCUCUCUGUAGCGAUAUCGAUGGGCGACCAGAGUUACAUGCCGCAGUUGAUCACUGUAUCCGUUGGUCGGUCACCAAACAACCUAGUCGAGAUCAAGGAAAUCAAAAUACCAAGUCAUGUUAAAGGAGAUGUACAGCUGGUUGAGAAUCUACAAACAUACUACCGAUGUGUCCAGGUCACCAUCCGCCGAUGUCAGAGCGAUGGUUGUGACACCAGAAUCCGAGGCAUCAAGACGCUCGGUUACAGAAUCGUCAAGGAUCAAGGUUUCAGCGUCCUCGAUGCAUCGGCUGUUUGGUACCUACAGGUGAUGGCAUCGACCGUCACAGCAUGCAGGACAUUGAUGCCCAGUUUGAGAUUGGCAGUAUUGGACCACACAAAAAAUGCCCUUCAACAUAUGCCGCCCCUGUCCCUGUCCCAGGCGAGCUCAUCUAAACCUCAAUUCCUCAGUACACAUGUACUGGAUGAGAUAGACAAGUUCUUGGCUGACGUUUCUGUUGAUGAUAACAACCAGCUUGGCGGCAGUGGUCUGGAGGUCCUUCUGUCUCUGAGUCUCGCCAGGGGGCACGUGUCAAGCAUUCUAAAGAUAUUGCAAAGUCUAGUCGAGAACAGUAACUUGUCGAUUCCAUGUGCCCCACUCUUCAAAAGCAUGGUCAAAGUUAGGGAGAAUUUCUACAAGAAAUCUGCCAGUCAACUGACGAUGAUCUCGCUUGGCUCUGAUGGUGGUACCAAGAAUGAGUCAAACCCGCCUAGUCUCGUCUUAUCAGGAAAUUGGAUGGCUCCCACAAACUUUUACCAGACCAAGGAAGGUAAAACCAAGGUGAACAUGUUCUUCAAGGGUCAAAAUGACAUCCAGGUUGUCAGGGUGCAAAUCAAGGUGGAAAAGGGGUCAAGAGGGCCUAAAUCGGGCAUGAUUUUCGUCUACAGGGACUUAGAGGAUUUUGACCUCGAUAAACAUGUCGAGAGGUUUUCUUCCUACGAUAAUUGGAAAAUCACCGACCACAACAAGGCUGUUGCAGCAGCCAGGGCUUCUGGCCAGAGGAAACCUGAUGACCCUGUGGCCUUCUUUGUGCUGGAGGAUGACUGGGAUGAAAUCGAGAUCGUCCUUGACCACUUUCCUGUUGGCCAGAAUGUACUGAUCAAAUUCUUAGAACCACGUCAGUCCACUGCCGACCACCUUGGAAUCAUUGGUGUCAAGUUCUAUGGAUUCUUGAGGAAGGACCACCAGUCAGUGGAGUUUGAUCAGGAUAAACCUGUUGAAGAUGAUGACCUCACGAGUCAGGAGAUCGUCCAGAGGACACUACUCUUCCUGAAAGACAUAGCUUCAGAGCAGCCCGCCUCCAAACGAGGCGUCUUCAACAAGAAGCAGUGGCUGGACAUGAAUAAGUUGACUAUGGAUGCUGUUUGGCAACUCUACAGGAGCUACAUUAACACAUACAGUGAUGAUCUGAAAACCCAGUGCCUGAUCCUACAGCUCUUGCACGCCCUACUACCACACAUUGUGACCACCAAACAGGACGAGAAAGUCCAAGCCGGCUCAUUCUUCCAACACCUCUGCCAGUUACUGGAUAAAGAUCCUGGGGACAAGGUAGCGGCCGUCCUGAUGCCGACUGUGAAGCAGGUGAUGGUGGACGGCGUGUCGAUCUUCUUCCCCGACAAGGAGGCGCGCAGGAAGGAACUAUUUGGAAUGAUCGAUAACAUUUCAGGCUCUGUGGACACCCCACCGUCAGUCCAGCUGAUCUUCCAGUCACUCUGCCAAUUCUACAGUUCUGUGGACCCAACUGGACUUCUAGAUCUUCCAAAAACAUUGGAGCCAGAGUUUGAUCCGGAUCCUUUCCUGACAGUCAUGGAGACUCUGUGCGGCGUCGUUCUCCGAGAAUUCAAAUCGUUCCUCGACAUGACGGAGAUGACCGAGCAGGCGUUGCAUCUGCUUAGUCUCGUCUGCUCCCUUCAGACCAGUCUGCUGUCCUGGUGCCACCGACAGAUGACGACGACAUGUAGCGAGGAUAAAGAAAACCAGGAGGAAGUUCGGGAUAAGAAUAAGAAGAUUGUUGAACCACUGGUCAUGCGAUAUUCCCGAAUGGUGAUGUCUAAGGCAUGUGAAGGACUUGACCUGCUCAGCAAACUGGAGGAAAAAGACUUAACCAACUGUAUUGAGAAAAUGGAGAAAUCAUUCUUGAGCACAACCUACAGGCAGCUGAUUCUACUCCUGUCCUCCCUCAGUAAACUCUUCGACUCACCUUCCUCUGUUCGCUUGGUCCGAUCUCUGCUCUUGGUUGCUGAAGAAGUGAAGAAAGUGGCUGGAAAGGCCCCAGCGUUCUUUGAGCAGGUGAACAACAAAGACUUGGAGAGCCUGAACACCCAAGAGGUCGUGUUGCGAACGUGGAACAUCGAGUCGCCUCAUAACUACCACAACAACCAGCAUUCACUUCAGGUGUUCUAUUGUCCUGGCGCCACAAAGUUCAAUGUCGAGUUCGACGCAAGAUGUGAAACUGAGAAAAGGUAUGAUUACCUCGAGUUCACUGACGCGAGAGGUUAUAAAGUGCAAUACGAUCAGAAGGUCGGCUCAGAAAAGUGGCCCAAGACGAUCAAAUUCCGAGGCCCGUAUCUGCAAUUCUUGUUUCACUCGGAUGGCAGCAGUACAGAAUGGGGCUACAAGUUCACAGUUCAAGCCAAGGGUUGUCCUGAUCUGCCCCUGACCUGGAUCUAUGACCUUCAGCUUGGAACGUCUAAACUGAUGGGUCAGAUGUGUAGUGAGACUCUCAACAGUAAGAAAGUUCUCCCAAAGGAAGACCCGCUACAAGAAGACAAAGAGACAAAAGAUGUGUCGUUCCUGAGGAGCGACCUGUGGACAGCCUUGUUCAGGGGCGGCUACAGAAUUGGCAAGCUUCAAAGGUCGUUGUCAGGAAAAUUGGGAGCCCUUGACAAUGAUUCCUUUGUUCACAAAUUCCUUUGGGAGGUCCUCAACCAAGAAGGAGACUUGGCUAAAGGCUUGCUGCAGAAGUGUCAGGAGCAUUGUCACAGCCAUCAUGCUGGCGGAGAGUCACUCGAUUCCGUCGUGAUAGGUAUCUUUGCUGCCUUGCUGUGGCAUACACAAGCGCUCAGAGAGGACCUUGAAAAGUAUGUGAAUUCUGAGGGAGAGACCCCCCUUACAGAGGGUGUCUUUCAGGCCUACACAGCUGCUGAAUCUGUGCGGAAUUUCAUGCUUGAUCUCAGACAGAGGAAGAAGCUGGCUGCUGAGAAGGAGAAUGUUAGCGAAGAAGUCACAGAUUAUGUUCAGCAGUUUAGGGAGAAGGCAGAAUACUUGCUCAGCUUUGCUGGAUUGACGAAAAUACAACCGAAAACGGAGCUACGAGUGAGGACAAUGAAAUCUUUCAAGAGAUCGUCCAUCAACAGGAGAAUGUCAGCUACCCUGCUUGAAAGGCAACAGAGUCUGGUACAUUAUGAGAAUCCAGUGAAUGAGAAGUAUCCAUCGUUCCGACUUGUGCUCGACUUCAUCAAGGAUCCAUCAAUAGGAAAAGACAAGGUGCAUGCUCUCCUACAGCAGCGGUCCUGCCAUGCCCAGUCUGUUGCCGACGUGUACGGACUCGCCUCAGAGUACAUCAAGAUGACUGCAGACCCUCACAUAUUCCAGAUCCCGUCAGUGAUGUUCCUGAAGGAAAUGCUAAGGAAUCAAAACAACUUUGCCAAGCACUACGCUGAUGGCAUUGAAGGCUCUGGCCUUGAACUUGAGGCGAAAGUGAGGAGCUCGUACUACACACUCCUGAAGGGGCUGAUAGAGGCCAUGGGUCAGUUUGAUAGGCCAAACUCCACAGUUGGUGAAGUAGCUGCAUUUGACUACAUCAGAGCGUGUCUUCUCCACUUCCUUGACGUGAACUGGCAGCCCUAUGAUUACACGUUCUUAUUGGAAACCAAGAUACCAUAUCUUUUUAUGAAUAUUGCAAAAGGAAGUGUUGCUACUCGCAGCCGUGGAUCCGGGGACUAUAAAGAAGAAGACGAGCUCAAGGACUAUGAGCGCAACAUGAAAUGGUUUGAAAAAUGCAAGGAAGACUUCAAUACGUGGCAUGAUGACUGUGCAAAGGCGGACAAAAAGGCACUGCAUAUGUUUAUAGCAAGAUUCUGUGAUUUGAUUGAUGUGGAGAUAGGCUGUGAUGGGUGUCACGUGACACUGCCUGGCCGGAGGUACCGGUGUCUGCAGUGUCCUGAUGUUGAUCUCUGUGCUACGUGUUUCGCCGGUGGUGUGAGUCCUGUUGGUGAUCACAAUGAUGAUCAUGAGAUGGUGCACCUCAUGUUCAAAUGUGAUGCGUGUGGGGCCUUCAUUGUUGGUCAGAGGGUUCACUGCGAUGUCUGUGAUGAUUUUGAUCUCUGCCUUGGUUGCCAGGUGAAGGGGAACCUCCCCUCAGGGCAUACUGCAGAGCAUUCUGUGACUAAAUUCCCCAUGGUUACAUUAACCACAAGCAAAAAAUGUGAUUCGACCCUCCAAGCCUACAUUCACCAACACGUUUGGCUCCUGUUCACCUCUCUGACGUUGAACAUGGCCAACAUCGUGUACACCCAGCCUCCAGCGCUUGAUGCCGACUAUCAGGACACUGCAUCACAGAUACAUGACAUGUGUACCACACUGGUCACGAGUUGUCUGGAGCAAGUACCUUUGAGUGAUCAACUUCUCCACGAGGACAGUCUGGUUGAAGAUCCUGAGAAGGCCGGCAAAAUGGAAAUCGCCUUUGCUCUUCACGCUCAAGAGAGGAUCAUGGGAUUGCUUGGGGCGAUGAUUUCAGCCGAACAUGUGCCAUUCUCAUUCCACACUGAGAAGUUCCUUACGCUUCUGUUCAUGGUGGCAAAGGGUGAGAGUGGACACGAGGUGAACACCCAGCACCUCGCAAUGGGCCUCUUGCGCCAUCUCCUGCAGAGGGUCACGACCACUUGCAAGGUAUGCGACAUCGCAGUCUCUGAGGCGACUGGUCGACCACUGGAAGAAGGUAAAAAAGAGGGCUGGCAUACCAUCAAAUACCUGUUCGACUUUGGGGCAAAAUGCUUAGAAAGGAGCAGUAUAGAAUGGGCGUACUCAGUCUCCUCCAUCCUGCAGGGUCUGUUCAACUCAUCGGCCUGGCGAGAAGUGCUCAUGGAUCAUGUCAAGAGCAGUAUUCUAGGAUUAACUGAUACCCAAGAAUUAUCAUCAAUAUUUGCACUGAUCGUCGUUGCUGGAUUCCCGGAUGUCCUCUCGGUCGGCACGAAUGUCAAAUACACCUUACCUGGCCACGAAUCAAAGAACGGAGUGGUACUCAAACACUUUCCUGAGAAGAGGACGUCAUUGGUUGUUGAUAAGGCCACAAGGAGGCGACACUUGGUGGCAGAUGACUUGGUUGAUGUUUUCAUGCCCGAUCUUGAGAUUCCAGACCUGCAGCAUACUGCGUCUCUCAUUGAAAUCAUCAAGAACAUCACAGGAAAGCUGAAGCAAGAUGAUAUCUCCAAAGUAGGCGUUGAGAGUCUAUGGGUGCUUGGCUUGUCGCUUAAAGCCCUGAUCAAGAGCGGUGUACCCGACAAGAUGACCGCACAAGACAACCCAAUGUACGCGAUGGACUUUGUUCAGUGCAUCGUGCACCUAGCGAGCAGAGGAACAGACUUUGAGAAGCUAUGGCUUCUAAAGGACAUGGAGGUGUUGUCCCUGAUGCUCUAUACAGGUGACAAGCAGCAACGCCCAGCCCAUCCAACGGAGAAGAUCCGCACCGUUAGUACUAAAUCAGAGCCGGAGUUAAAGAACCUGGCAGCGAACAUCAGUAACGAUGCAGAGAGUUCUGCAAAGGAGACGAUUGAAUUGUUAAGUGGGUAUGCGCAGGUCCUGCAGGCCACAUUGAACCCUCUGGCAGCCAUCAUGGAUGAAAACCAGACCCCAGCGACUGACAUCCUGAGAGAGCUCGCAAGGAAAGAACUUGGCACGAAUCAGAAUCCCCGAGAAGGGUUGGUUCUGCCUGAGGAGAUUCAGUCAGCUCUCAGCAGGACCAUGAGUCUUCCUUCCAAUGAGACUUCAAACCGAGGUUCCUUGUACAUGUAUCUGGUGUCUAUGCCAGGGCAAGCAGAAGACCCCACCAAUAUGAGUAAGCUGCGUAACCCCGAGACACCGAGUUCAAUAGAGGCAGACAAGACGGUGGACACAGGGAUACAGCUGUCUAGCAAAGUACCUCAGGUCAAGGAACAAUCAAUGCCUGAGGUUUUAGAAGCUGUAGAAGAACCAUGCGAGAAGAGUCAGAAUCUUGUCGCGACCCCAGACAAUGACGUGAAAAAAGACGUUGAGAAAAAGCGCAAGCAGAAAAGUGCCGAUCUUUUGAAGAAAGCUUUCGAAGCUCAGGGGAAAUCUUCUAACAGAGAUUACCUGAUGAAGGUGAAUCUGGCGAUCGCCAUUCUCUAUUCACGUGAGGUUUUGAUUCGUCUGCUCGCUGAUUGGCCGGCUGAAGGAGACCAUGUGAUCACCGCUCAGCUGCUGGGAUGCAGUGACAGCUCGCAGAUUCCGUGCGUGAUUGACAUGUUGAACCGAUCGGAGAGCAAGGACACUAUAAAUAAGUUGGUUCACAACCUUGUGAAGAGUUGCGAUACGAGUUGUUUGGUUGCCAUAGCAAUGACAGGAUGUCACUUCCUGGAGGAGUUGAGCCUGAUGUCCGUCAACAAGGAGUCUGAACAUCCGUACACGAACGACUUGAGCUUUACGGACAAGGUGUACAUUCCUGGUGCUGCAUUCCUGUCUGUCAAAUUUGAUAAAAGGUGCGUUUCAGAAGAAACAUGUGAUGAGCUUGUGAUGGCCACAAACGAUGACUACUCUCAAGAUAAGAAGACAUUCAGCGGUGCUAAAGAUAGAUGGGUCGACUUUGAGGUACCAGGCGACACCCUCUACUACAAGUUCACCACCGACUGCAGCAAUACGGACUGGGGCUACAAGUUCAUUGUGUCGGGAGGAAAGACUGGUCGCUUCGAUACAGGUCACAUGAUCCUCAAUUCAAUACUCUCUGCUCCGAACAAAACUAGGUUGUUACCCCUGGACGAGUUGUGGUCCUCCCUGAUUCAAGUCGUGUGUAAGCAGACUGGAGCUCACCGCCUCAAGAUUGUACAGCUGCUUCUUCAUAUCCUCAACUCACAAUGCCGGCGCGAUGAUUGCUCCCCGCUUGUGAUUGAUGUCUGUCUCCUGCAACCCCUGUGGCAGCUGUACACCAAGAUGUCAUCUCAUCUCGAACCGGGCACAAUCACAUCGCCGCUCGUCCGAGCUCUCACGGAGCUGUUCUUUGUGGCAGAGAACUUAGCUUUGGUGAAUGGCAUCGCAGAUCGAUACGCCGCAUCGCUGAAGACAAAGGAGGAAUGGAGAGCCAUUCUCCUGGAGGGCGUCAUGAAUGUAGCAGCUUUCGGUGCCGGUAUCAAUUACGCUAACAUCGCUACCGACUCGAUCAGGGCGAGGGAUGCCAAAAGCCCCGAGCCAAAGAAAAGCAAAGAAGAUGGAAAGAAGUCGUCUGAUGCGAAGAAAAGUUCAGAUGUUAAAAAGAAAUCUAACAAGGAAAAUGAGAAAAAGGAUGAAUGAAUCUUGCGUUCGUCUGUUUUGGACUUUCUGGUUCCUUGGUUUCUGUGUCUGUUUGCGUUAUUAUGUGAUAAAUCAAACAAACGAUUUACCCAAUUUCCAACUGUUUUGGUCGGAAAAAAAUUUGGCAUUGUUUACUUUGCAAGUUGGGGGAGCAUAAAGUGUCCUGCAUGUAACCAAGUCAGGUUUGGAGUGUUUAAAGGAUUAUUAUUCCCUGUGUCCUUGGGCAACACACCUUGCUUCUCUCUCCCAAGGUGUACAUGUACAAUGGGCUGUGAGCAGCAAAAAUCGCUUGGAAAUUGGGUUUUUCUGUCGACUGUGAUCAAAACAAUAAUGUGCUGAUACUAAAGUGGUAUUCAAAAAAUAAAGGGGCUAUUUUUACCGUACCGUUACAAUAAGAAUCUAGAGAAUUUUAAGAAUUAACUGAGGAUUAGUGGGUUAGGAUUAAGGCUCACAAGUAAUACUAAAGUGGUAUUCAAAGAAUAAAGGGGCUAUUUUUACCGUACCGUUACAAUAAGAAUCUAGAGAAUUUUAAGAAUUAACUGAGGAUUAGUGGGUUAGGAUUAAGGCACACAAGUAAAAAUUACUGCUGUAUGAGUAGCUACUGAAGAGACUGCUGUAAAGAUACCCACAGCCUUUAAUAAAUUCUCUCCCCAUUGAGUGAAUGGGGAUAUACCCGAUUGUGUGAAUUACUUAUACAUGCACAAGGUGAAAUGACUUGCAAUGUCUAAAGUUAUUAUAGAAAAGCUAAGGACAAAUCUCCAAAGAUACAUGUAUUUGUCCUUCAUCAAGUCGUAUACAUAAGUUAUGUGCCAUUAAAUCGUGUCCGUGUAAAUGUCUGAGGAACUUUAUAUGUACAUGAACUGUGUACAUGGAUGAACUUAUGUACAUGUACAUGUGGAUAUUUCUUUUGACAAUUGUUGUAGGUUUCAUGAGACUGACCUAACAAGAUAUUUGGCAUGCCAGCCUUUUACAUGAUUCCUCACUGGAUGUGAUAAUGAUUUGGUUUGAUAAAGUUACUAUUACAUGUAUUACCCUGUCUUGUAUCAACAAACGGUUUCUAGUGCUUCAGGCAUUCAUUCUCGCUGUUGGUUGCCUCCUGAUGUAAUCAUACCACAUUUUUCCUUCUUCGUUAAUGAUAAUUAGUGUGACAGUGUUAUGAUUAUGAUUACAUGUGUAAAUGUAUAACAAAUAAUGAAGGAAAGUGAAAAAUAAAGAAACAU